AUGAGAGCUUAAUUGUUAUUUUUGAGUGCUGUUUGCACCGCCUUAGUCUCUGCUGAAUGGACUGGUAAAAUUCUUCCAGAGCUAUAAAGAGCAAUUAAAGGAGAAAAUAAGGCUUAAUCACAAAAUUUGAACUAAAAUGGUGAGCGAAAUUCACCUGCUCUAGUAGAAGAGACUCCCAAAGUUAAAAAUUUCGGUAUUUUCUCAGAUGUGAUGAUCAAUAAUAUUGGUUUUAAUCUUGGUCUAUCAAUGGACUACAGUAUCGGUUAUAAUUUACCUCUCUAUAACGAUAAUUAAUACUUAGUAUGGGAACAAACUGCUAAGACUUUAUUUGGGGGCAGAAGCUAUCUUACUAUUGGAUUCUUCCUUUUCAAAAUCACUCUAUUCGCAGAUGUUAUUGGAGGCAAGGCAUCUGUAAAUUUCAGAGAAAAACUAGACACAAUUGCAUUUAAUGAAAUGUGUUAUAGCACUGACUACCUUGUUGAAACCUUAAAAGUUGUUGUUACAGGAAACUUAGAUGUUAAUGAAUGCUCCUUCGGAUUACUCGGAAUCUUAUUGCCAGGAGUUUUUGCAGAUUGUUAGUGGAAGAAUUACUAUGUUGAUUAUCCUCUCUAUACUUAUAACCCACUAAACAAAUUCUGGUAGGGAACAUUGGUCCCCGAAACAUGCACCAACGCUUGA